AUGGCACCGCGUGCCAUAAUGAAUGCACAAUUGCACAGCGCGGGAGUACACCACGCGCGCGGUUGUCGUUCCCGCUACCCUUCACCCCUUUCACCUCUUCCCGUGUUGGCCAAUACGGAUCUGUUUACGCCAGUGGCCGUACUAUGGCGUGUUAACGUCAUUAUUAUUAUGUUAUUACAGACAGAAAAAUAUUGUUUUAUUGUCAAAAUGGACGCUUUUUUUGAUUUCGAGUUUACACAAGAACAAUUACUUGUAAUAGACAAUUUAGAGAGGUCGAAUUGCAGUGAAAUAAGUGAGGGUGAUGAAGUGUUAAAUAUUCCGCGUGCGAGAAAACGUCGAAUUGUUUUGUCGGACGACGAGGAAGAUGAGCGUGGUUCAUCUCCAGGUUUAUCGGGCCAUACACCUACAACUGAGUGGUACCAACCACGUGGUAAGCAGCCACGUUUAAUUCCUUUUACUGAAAUACCUGGACUGAAACCUUACUCACUACGGAAUCAACUAGCAAAUGGUACACCUGCUGAUUUCUAUUCCCUCUUAGUCACUGACCAUCUAUUUGAAGAUAUAGCACAUCAGACGAAUAUAUUUGCCCAACAAAAUAUCGAUAAAGGUGUCACCAAAGAUAAGUCGAGAUUGCGAUUGUGGACGCCAACCGACAAGGAAGAAAUCAAACGAUUUUUAGGUGUUCAUUGGGGCCGCGCCGGUCAUAUUAUAUUGUUUAAUACGCAGCGUUUUCAAUCUGCGGCGUGA